AUGGCGUUAAUGGAAGCCAACCCUCCUUUGCCAUCUCUCUCUGAGUUUCCAAAAGAAUGGCCGGAGACCAGCAAAAGCUUCAUGCAAUAAUGGUACCAUACCCUCUGCAAGGCCACGUCAUCCCCGCCGUCCACCUCGCCGUCAAGCUCGCCGCGAAGGGCUUUGCCGUCACCUUCGUCAACACCCAUUCCGUUCACCACUACUACAUCUCCAAGUCCCUCCCUUCCAACGCCGGCGGCGACAUCUUCGCCGGGGCACGCGAGUCCGGCCUAGACAUCCGCUACGCCACCGUCUCCGACGGCCUGCCGGUGGGGUUCGACCGGUCGCUGAACCACGGGCAGUUCAUGGAGAGCCUCCUGCACGUUUUCUCGGCCCACGUGGACGAACUGGUGGGAGGGAUCGUUCGGAAGUCGGAGCCUCCGGUGACAUGCCUGAUCGCCGACACGUUCUACGUCUGGCCGUCGAUGAUCGCCGAGAAGUAUGGCCUGGUUAAUGUGUCGUUCUGGACGGAACCGGCUCUCGUCUUGAACCUGUAUUAUCAUUUGCACCUUUUGAGGGAAAAUGGACAUUUUGGUUGCUCCGAUAAGCGCGAGGACACCAUUGAUUACAUACCCGGCGUGCCAUCAAUCAAACCAACGGACCUGAUGUCGUAUCUCCAAGCGGUCGAUGUCUCCACCGUGGAGCACCGAAUCAUCAACCGGGCAUUCGACGAUGUGAAGAGAGCGGAUAUCAUACUCUGCAACACAGUGCGAGAGCUGGAGCUGGAAUCAAUCUCAGCCCUCCAUCAAAACCAACCAAUGUACGCAAUCGGCCCCAUUUUCCCCAACGGCUUCACCAAAAGCCUCGUGGCUACGAGCCUUUGGCCCGAGUCGAACUGCGCCCAUUGGCUCGACGCCAGACCCAACGGCUCCGUCCUCUACGUCUCAUUCGGUAGCUAUGCCCACGUCACCAAAACCGACAUCGUCGAGAUAGCCCACGGACUCUUGCUUAGUGGAGUGGGCUUUGUUUGGGUGCUUCGCCCCGACAUCGUGAGCUCGGAUGAAGCUGAUGUCCUGCCUGUUGGGUUUCAAGAACAUGUAAAAGAUCAGGGGAUGAUGGUGCCCUGGUGCAACCAGAUUGAUGUGAUCUCGCAUCAGGCGGUUGGAGGGUUCUUAACGCACUGUGGAUGGAAUUCCAUCUUGGAAAGCAUGUGGUGCGCUGUACCGCUGCUGUGUUUCCCGUUGUUGACAGAUCAGUUCACUAAUCGGAAACUGGUGGUGGAUGAUUGGAAGGUUGGGCUUAAUCUAUGCGAUCAAGGGGCAGUGACGAGGGAGGAAGUGGCUGAUAAGAUCAGCUGUUUAAUGAAUGGAACAACAUCAGAAGAGCUGAGAAGGGAGACUGAGAAAAUGAAAUCCAUAUUGGAAGAUGCACUGGCGGUCGAUGGAUCAUCACAGACAAAUUUCAAUCAAUUCGUUAAGAAGAUGAAUAAAAAAAUCAACUUGUUAUCCAAUCAUGUAUAAUUUUUAUGUUGU